UGAUAUGCGCUCAAACGCUGCUCUCAAAAUGCCGCGCUCUAUUCGACUCCGUGAAAUCACUGCGCUCGGAAUUGAAAACGCGGGUCUUUUUCGUAAACAAACGGUUCCGUGGUGUGUUUUGGUGCCGACGGAUCCGGAAAACGGCAACCCGCCAGAUCCCAUAUCAUAAUGGCCACAAAUGGGCAGCUUGAAAAUUUUCUAUCGGCAAAAUGGGGGACUACUGCUGGAUGGUCUCGUCGUAUUGACGAUUCGAGAAAUUGCCUUUUGGGUGUAGUCCCAGUCACUAGUCAACCUUCGACAUCGCCAGCACCAUGAACUCGAUGGUGGAAGCCAUGGAUCUGAUCGAGGACGAUAACAUCACCGGAGCCUCGGACGAUGACGAUGAUGACAAUGGGAGUAGCUUGGACGGAAGCGUCUACGAGGAUGGAACCAACCUCAUCGAUGUGGCAAUGGAGAACGAGGUUACGGCCCAGCUAGUAGCUGCCGGUGUCGUGGGAGUUGCUGCCGCGGCCGCCAUCACAUCCUCUAAAAAGAAAAAACGGCCACACUCGUUCGAGACCAACCCCUCCAUUCGAAAACGCCAACAGAACCGUCUCCUGCGCAAACUAAGACAAACAAUUUUUGAAUACGCUACACGUGUUGGCCAACAGGCAGUUGUGCUGGUGGCCACUCCGGGCAAACCAAAUAAUAUUUUCAAAGUCUUCGGAGCCAAACCACUGGAAGAUGUACUCAAAAACCUUCGAAACAACGUUAUGGACAAGCUAGAUGAGGCACUUGCCGCCCAGGCCCCGCCACGAGUGCAGGACGAUCCGUCACUGUUUGAACUACCACCACUGAUCAUAGACGGAAUCCCGACACCUGUGGAGAAGAUGACCCAAGCACAACUGCGAGCGUUCAUUCCACUGAUGCUGAAAUACUCCACCGGUCGGGGAAAACCUGGCUGGGGAAGGGACUCCACACGGCCUCCCUGGUGGCCCAAAGAGUUACCGUGGGCCAACGUGCGCAUGGAUGCACGCACAGAGGAGGAGAAACAAAAAAUCAGCUGGACACAUGCAUUGCGAAAAAUAGUCAUCAACUGCUACAAAUACCACGGCCGAGAGGAUCUUCUACCCGCAUUUAGUGAAGAGGACGAGAAGGCAAAUGCAAUCGCCACAGCGAACUCAAACGUGGAACAUCUUAAAUCUGAAGCCCAAGUCAUCACAACCACCAAUCACGGUGGCAAUCUUCUGGCCAGCAGUAGUUCCACGCUCACUGCCGGACAGCAGAUCGUCAUCCAGCAUCAGCCGACCACGGUUACCACGACGUCGAACCCCCAGACGGCCCAGAUCAUCAAGGAAGUGGUGUCAUCUGAUGGAACAAUCCAGAUCCAGCACCAGUCCUCCCCCACGCAGACCCUGAACGCGCAGGUUUGCCUCGACUCGAUGGCGCUAAGCGAUGUGGAUUAUACGCACACGGUGUUGCAAACGAUCCAGAAUGCCGACGGUACCGUUUCGAUCAUCCAAGUGGAUCCCAACAACCCCAUCAUAACGCUUCCAGAUGGAACCACCGCACAAGUGCAAGGAAUCGCAACGCUACAAGCCCAAAACGAUGGCGGAGUUCACACGAUUCAAACCAUAGCGGACACCCAGGGUGAAAGCAUGUCUGUAGAUCUCACUGAAGCAACUCUGGAUCAGAACGGACAGAUCAUCAUCACCGGCGAAGACGGCCAAGAGUAUUCGUACUCCGGCUUUCCGGUGAACGUCAGCGGCAUGAUCACUGUGCCGGUUUCAGCCCAGAUGUACCAGACGAUGGUGGCCAACAUCCAGCAGCUCCCGAACGGAGACGGAACGGUGUGCAUAACGCCAAUGCAGAUGUGUGAUCUAGUUGAGAAUAGUGAAACCAUGGAGACAAUAACGGUUGGACCGGGCAUGCACCAGAUGAUGAUACAGGGAGCACCAGGAACGGAACCCCAGGUGCUGCAAGUUCUCAGCCUGAAGGAUGCGUCUGUUUUGACCAAAGCGAUGGCUGCCAUCGGAGAGGCCAAAGGAGACGAGACAACCAUCAUCGAUCAGUAAUCAAACAACACUAUACAAUAACUGUGGGUUGGCACGUGAACAGCAUAUCUAGUCAUGUUUCUUUCUCGAAACCUACUCGUCUAAAGUUAUUUUUCUAGAGUGGCACUUCGGAUGCCAAUGAUCGGGUAGAAAAUACACAAUUUUCUAGUCUAAUUUGAAACGCUCAGUCUCGAUCACACAACGAUAUCUGACGUUUCUAGUCAACAUAUUUUAUUUUUCGUCGUUUUUUGAGGGGAAAACCUCCACCCAUUUGUGGAAUCUGUAAAUUAAUACAAUUUUAAAAACAUAUUUCAAUGUUUGAAUUAUGCAAUUUUUCGGGUCACAUACAAUAAGCUAUGAUUCAUUGACAUCCUCAAAAAAUCAUCGUGUAUAUAAACAAACGUUUUGCAAUCUCAAACAAUCAUUCCAGAUAUAAUGAUCAAAGCAUAAACAAGAAACCUAUAAGAUAAAGUCUGUACAAAACUAUUGUGAGAAACAGCUUUUAAUCCAUUUCCAAACAUUGAACCCCAGCAAAAAUAUGCAUCAGGAACACUCAAAUGGAAUCUAGUCGAAAAUCCAGAGCCGGGUUUCACGAGUUUGUUGAAAACACUUCGAUGCUCGUGUGUUGUUUAUUUCUUUUUGUUUUAAGUUUAUUCGAACCCUCGAAUGCUAGUCACCAUUUCAUCAUAAGAAAAAAAAAAGAAUCUUAGACCUGCUACCAACCUUAUAAUUUUGAACAAAUCUCUAAGGGCUAUCGCACAGGUGAGGUGGUAAAAAUGAAAAUCUACCCAAACGAUGUGUAGAAGGCUCGGAAAAUCAAAGAAGUACCGUUGAAUUUCAUCAACAAUACCACGUUACUUAUGAGGUUGCUCUAAACUAGCGACAGUAGUUUAAGCUCAUCCCUUUUGGCACCAAAGAUGUCCCUUCGACGUUUCAAAGUGUGCUGACUCCCAUGUUCCAAAUUGAGCAUCUUUUGUUCUCUCAAAAUCUCAAUCACCAACGCAAAAAAUAUUCAAAACGCUAUAAUGUUUCCUGUAACUAGUAAAAGUUUCGGUUCCUUUGUAGGGAGAGUUACAAAAAAAAAUACACUAGAGGUAAAGACUGAUCCAUCCUGAGGGAUUAGAAUCUA